CCAUGCCAGCGAGCCAAGUUGUCCUCCGCGUCACCAUGACGACCUUGUAGUGUCUCACUUUCACUUCUGUCCGUCUUUUUGAACUCGCGUUUUGACGUCACACUGUCCCCGGCUCGAGCGUGAUGCCCGCCGGGAUGUUCAGCAUCGACAGAAUCCUGUCCGGACGUCCCAGCAGCUGCAAGGAGCCGCUGUUGGCGCACCGGAGCGGCCCGGUGCUUCUGCCCGGCCAUGACGCCCUUUACGCCGACUACAACGGACUGUACGCGGCCGCAUGCGGGCCCUCCGUGCAGGCCGGAGUCCAACCCGUGAACGGAAGCAGGGUGGGCUACAACGGCUUUUACUAUGCCGGACAGAUGCACGUCCAAGGCGCCGCCGGACUCCCGUGCUGCGGUGCCGUGCACGGCCUCGGCCCGCAGCAGUGCCCGUGCAUGCCGCCAGGCUACGAGAGUCCGGUUCUCGUGUCCCCGGUGCCGCAGCACCUGAUGUCCUACGUGAACAUGGGCAGCCUGUCACGGAGCGAACUGCAGCUGCUCAACCAGCUGCACUGCCGCAGGAAGCGGCGGCACCGGACCAUCUUCACCGACGAGCAGCUGGAGGCGUUGGAGGGCCUCUUCCAGGAGACCAAGUACCCCGACGUCGGCACCCGGGAGCAGCUCGCCCGCAAGGUCCACCUCCGGGAGGAGAAGGUCGAGGUUUGGUUCAAAAACAGACGCGCCAAAUGGAGGCGGCAGAAGAGGUCGUCUUCUGAGGAGCCGUCGGACAACACGUGGAACAAAACCACCAAAGCGUCUGCGGGAAAAAACCAACACAGCAAAAGCCAAGCGGAGUCAGACAGCUGAUCACAAGUCUCUCCCCCCGGCCCCCCACCCCCCACUCCAUUCUACCGUCUACGCUCCAACACCUUCAAAUGUGUCCUCGACGCCUUUGGACGUCCCUACGUGACAUUUUGGAUGGAGCGCGAGGCGUCAUGUGACAAUCUGAACGGAAGGGAAAUAUCUCGGAAACAUUUGGGACAAAAUAGGAGCAAUAUCCUGGAAAACAAGGGAAUUCUACCAGAAAAAUGAAGUACAAUCUCCGGAAAAUAAGGGACAUUUCCUGGAAAUUAAGGACAUUUCAUAAUAAAAUAAAAUAAAAUAAGGGAAAGAAUUACAUGUUGUCCAUUUGACAUUUAGAAAUGACAUUUUCUAUAAAGUAACCAAAAAUAAGGGAAUUUUCCCAGAAAAUGUAAGAAUUUUUUUCAGAAAAUAAAGAAAAUUGCCUGGAAAAUAAGGACAUUUAAUCAUAAAAUAAAUAAAAUAAGGGGAAAUAAUUACACGCUGUCCAUUUGACAUUUACAAAUGACAUUUUCUAUUAAAAAAAGAACAGAUAAUGAGGGACAUUCAUAUGGACAUGGACAUAUCCAGAGAAUAACAUAAAUAUUCCUGGAAAAUAAGGGACAUUUCAUGGAAAGUAUAGGAGAGGGGAAAAGGGUGCAAUUUCCCUUAUUGUCUGUCUAAUUUGUGCCAGAUAUUUUCCUCUAUUUUCCAGAAAAUUCCCUUAAUUUUCCAAUAUAUUUCUCAUAUUUUCCAGAAGUUUUCCUUACUCUGUCAUGAUAUUUCCUUUAUUUGCCAGAAAAUGCCCCCUAUUUAUUGACAUUUCCCCCCAAAUAAACUGUUUUACAGAAAAUGUCCCACAUUUCACCAGCUGAACAAAUGCCAAUAUUUUCUUGGAAUUUUCCUUCAUUUUCCAGCCUCUUUCUCUUGUCCUUUAUUUUUUAUUUUAGGGGUGUUCCCUUGUUUUGAUUAAGCUCCCUUAUUUUCCAGAAAAUCCCCUCAUUUUCCAAAAACGUUAAAUUAUUUAAAAAAAAGAAAAAAAUCUGAAACUGUCCCUUAUUUUCCAUUAUUUCCCCCAAAAUGUACUUUAUUUUACAGAAAAGCUCCCUUAUUUUAAAUGUUGCCUUGUUUUUAUUAAUUUUCCUUAUUUUCCAGAAAUUCCACUUAUUUCCCAAAAACUUUGACUUAUUUACAAGUUGUUGUUUUUUUUUUAUUUUAUAGCAAAAAAAAAUUGAAAAUGUGCCUCGUUUUCCACUAUCCCCCCCAAAUCUACUUUAUUUUACAGAAAACGUCCCUUAGAUUUCAAGAUUCACUUUUUGUUUUAAAUUGGAGUUUCUGGAAUGCAGUAAUUCCCUUAUUUUCUGGAAACAUUUUCCAGAAAAUGUUAACCCAAACCCUAUCCUAACCCUCCCUCAACUCCUAACUGUAAUUGGAAAUAAAAGAACGAAACAAAGAAACACUGAGGCGUUUUGGAGUGGGUUCCAUCCCACGUGCCUGUCUGAGUUCGCAUUUGAAAGUAAGGCACAUUUUCAGAAAAAUGAAGGGAAUUCAAUACAAAAUGAAGGGGAAAAUAAUCAUUUUUCCAAAUCAGGGACAUGUUCCGAAAAAUGAUGAAAAAUAUGAGACAAAUAAGUCAAAUAAGGGACGUUUUGAAGUAAAGCAACUUUCCAGAAAAUAGUUGUGUGUUGAAAUACGUGCAAUUUUCAGGUGAAAUUUCCCUGGGAAUAACGGCCACUCGUCAAGCGUGGAUGAAGUGUGGAUGUUGGUCACCCGCAGUGUCAGACAGCAAGUUUGUGUUCUGUUUACCAUCAGUGGCUUAUGGGAUAAAUGUACUGCAUAUAUUGGAUGGACUGUAUACUGUAUGUAUAAAUGUAUGUACACCGUGUAUACUGGAUGUACUUGUGUGUGUGCGUGCGUGUGCGUGCGUGCGUGGUGAUGAGCAGCGUUGCACAGAUGUACAUUAUCAUUAUUUAUAUUUAAUUUAAGUUGUUGAUGUUGAAAUAUGUAGAAGACAUCCACGUGACAGCUUCACUAGUCAUGUUUGUGCUAACUAUUCUCUCCGUCAAGAAUUUAAAAAGAAAAGAAAAGAAAAGAAACUUUCCAACGCCCAAGGUGAGAAUGUGAUUUCAUUUCGUAAAAAAAGAAGAAAGAAAAUCAAAUAUCAGUGAACUAUUUGUCUGAUUUUGUUUGUCCACGGCUGAUU